AUGCAUGGUCGUCGUCGGAAAGCCGACUGUCGAAAGUACAAGAAGUGGAAAGAGGGACAGGCGAGAGCGUCGAAACAAACGGAGAAAGGGAUGGAGAAACGAAAACUCAGGGAACUGGCAAUCGACGGUCUGGCUGAAGCUGGCGAGAUGGAGGAAGUUGCCCCAUCGAAGACAGUGUCGAAAGUGAGGUAUCGAAAAUGCAGGAAGGGAAGAACAAAGGAAACGCCGUGGAAAUGUAUUAGGAAGCUCGUUAGACAUAUUUCGUGCGCGGAGCUAGUUCUCGGAUGUAUAAAACCGUCGUUGGAAGAGAGAAAGUAUCUUCUUCAUCCGCGUCAUAUUGGUUGCGUAGGUCUCGGCGUGGACAUCGCACCGGAAACGCCAAAAAAUUGGAGAAUUGAUAACGCCCGUAUUUUAGGUGUAAAGUUAACAGCGAAGGAUAAAGAGGAAGUGAAGAAGUAUCAACCCCAAGCUCUGAAAGCCAUCUAA